UCUUCUUUGCAGCUCUCUCACCACAUUUCUCUGUUUCUCUGCCUCUCUCUCUCUCUGUUUCCUGCAAAAAUGGAAUACAAGGGCAAAAAAACCAUAACACCACCAAUCACUGUUCCCACUCCAUUCUCCAGCUCUCCAUCCUCUUCUAUUUCACCUUCCCAAUUCUCUCCAAGUUUGUCUUCACCUUCUAAAUAUUCUCCAAGUUUUCCUUCGCCUUCUCAGUCUUCUCCUCCUAGUACUCUUCCUCCCUCUCCUCUCCCCGUUGUUCUUAGCCCAUGUGCUGCCUGCAAGAUCCUUCGCCGCCGCUGCGGGGAGAAAUGUGUUUUAGCUCCGUACUUUCCUCCAACUCAUCCACUCAAGUUCACCAUAGCUCACAGGGUUUUUGGAGCAAGCAACAUCAUCAAGUUUUUGCAGGAACUUCCGGAAUAUCAAAGAGCAGACGCAGUGAGCAGCAUGGUUUACGAAGCAAAUGCCAGGAUUCGAGACCCAGUCUACGGUUGUGCUGGUGCGAUUUGUCAACUUCAAAACCAAGUGAGCGAGCUGCAAGCACAAUUGGCCAAAUCACAAGCUGAGCUCGUCAACAUGCAAUGCCAGCAAGCCAAUUUGGUUGCCUUAAUUUGCAUGGAAAUGUCGACACAACCUGAUCAUCAGGAAGAGUACAUGAGCGUUCAGCAAUUACAACCUUACGCUGACACGAGCUGUUUUUCAUCAGACGACAACAAUUUGGGCUCGGCUUGGGAACCUCUUUGGACAUGAACAACAACAGGCACUACAAGAAA